AUGGACGCCUCACCAGAACUCUUCGCCCAGCUUACCAACAGAUUGCGUAUCUGUUACCAAACCUUCGGCGACCCGUCAGACCCUGCGAUCAUACUCGUGCCAGGCAAUGCGGAUUCCAUGAUAGUAUGGGCAGAAGGUCUUAUCGAAAAGCUUCAAUCUUCCGAAGAUGGUAAGAAAUACUUCGUGAUCCGCUUUGAUCCAAGAGACACGGGCCUGUCGACUGAGUUUCCUGUGCCGGGCGGAUACUCAAUCGGAGAUAUGGCAGGCGAUAUGGAAGGACUCGCAGACCACUUGAACCUCAAUGAUCCCUCAAAAGGCUUCCAUAUUGUUGGUCUGAGCAAGGGAGGACCGGUCGCCUACACGGUCGCUGCGCGAGGCCUUGAUCUCGGAUUCCAACCUAUGCUGGCCGGCUUCGGAGAUCAGAGGGAAACGGCCAUCAAAAAUGGAAUGACCGUUUAUGACGCGCUCACAACGCAGCCUGACGCAGAAGAGAGAAAGGAGGUGGAGAAGGCGGUGAGACGUCUGGUGGAACGGGAUAUCAAGGGUGGCACAUUGUACAGCAAAGCUCCGAAUCACGGCGCCGCGUCGUACGAAAAGGAUGGCUGGCCAGGGGUUGAUACGCUCAAGAUGAUCAAAUGUCCGAGCACGGUUGUGCAAGCAGGCAAGGACCAGAUCUUUGGGGAGAUUCACGGAGAGGCCUUGGCGAAAGCGAUACCCGGUGAUGUUGAGUAUGUGCUAUGGGAGGAUGUUGGACAUGAGAUGCCACGACGCAUCUGGGGCAGAAUGGCCAAGGUGCUGCAGAAGAAUUGGGAGAGGGGUCAAAGCGCAUAUGUUGUUGGUGAUGCGGAAUAA